UAAGCUAUCAUAACCGUUUAAAACCAACCGAGUCGAAGCGGUUACACACGCACACUUUCGCUCCCAGAGGAGCUCGCUUCCCUGCUUCUUCUACUCUCACUCUCAACAAAAACCCUCACUUUCUUCUCAGAUUUGAAAUACCCAUCAAACUAUUUAGAAAAGAUAUACAGCUUUUAACCUCAGCUUUGCCUAUGUUCAUGUACAUUGUAUUUUUAUCAGCUUUACAGUUAUAGAGUUUUCACAGGGAGAAGCUAGAUAACGAUGAUGACGAUGGAACUGAAGAAAGAGCCAGAGCAACAAGUCAUAGAUGCUUUACCUUACUCUGUUUAUUUUGGCAAUUGUGAUGCAGCUUUGCCACGAAGGGAAGCUGGACCGGCUCGACAAUCAACUAAAGGGCGCUGGACUGAAUAUGAGGAUUAUCUUCUUACAGAAGCAGUUACAAAAUUCAAUGCGAGGAAUUGGAGGAAAAUAGCUGAAAGCCUUCCUCAAAAGACAACUUCACAGUGCUUUACUCGCUGGAAGAGGGUUCUUAAUCCUGCAAUUGUCAAAGGAACGUGGACAAAGGAGGAGGAUGAGUGUAUUAUAGAGUCAGUCAGAAAGUACGGUCCUCGGAAAUGGUCUGUUGUUGCAAAGUCCUUGCCAGGUCGCUUAGGCAAGCAAUGUAGAGAAAGGUGGUUCAAUCACUUAGACCCAGCUAUAAGCAAAACUUCAUGGACAGAAGACGAGGAGUUGGCUCUUAUUCAUUACCAUGAAUUAUAUGGAAACAAAUGGGCUGAGAUUGCAAGGUUUUUGCCUGGGAGGGCUGAAAAUGCAAUUAAAAAUCACUGGAAUUGCUUAAUGAAGAAGAAGUUUGAUUCAAUUUUACCCCAUGCUUAUGCAAUGGAUCGAUGCACAUCUGGUUCUAUCAAUUUCUGCAGUUGUGCAGUAAAACCCAACAGCAUGAUGGUAAAGGAAGAAAGACAGAUCCCUGAUGGAACAGUAUCUGUCCAUGGAAGAAUGGGGUUGGAGUGUAGUGCUAAUGCUAUUGGCAGAGGCCGUGUAACCAUUGGACCUAAAAGAAUGGACUGUAAACAUGAUAUUGUGCUUAGCUCAUUAUCACCCUCUGAUAUUAAACUUCCCUUUGAUGGACCUACAUCAACUAGAUUACGUAGCAGAGCUCUUGAAGCUGUUCUUCCUUUUAAUUCCAAUUCAGUCAAGUCCCCUAACGGGCUCAGAAGUUAUGAGUUGGGCAUUUUUCCUUCAGAAUUCAGCAAUAAAAUGGAAAUCUCAUAUACAAAUACUUCAACUUCUGGAAUUGGAAAGGACAGCAAUAUACUUGGAAAGGAAAACCAAGUGCAGAAAAUGCAGAGGCCACAAGUGGACGCAAGCAAGCACUGUCUGCAUCAGCAAUCAGUGCAGCUGAAGGAUUAUGCAAAUGUUCCAGUUUCUUGUUCGACUCCUCGCAACCUUGUCAAAUGCACCAGCCCUGAAUCAAUAUUGAGGAGUUCGGCAAGGACCUUUAAAAAUACCCCUUCCAUCAUAAGAAAACGAGCUUACAGAAAGACUGGUGUCGACAACCCUUCUGAUGUUAUCUGCACACCUUCAUUAAAAUUCUCAUGUUCAAACAGUAAAGACGUCAAUACUGCUGACAUUCCAGAGGCUAACCAGGGAUUUCUUUCUCUCUUUUGCAAAGCUGGUUCUUCUAUUGCUGUUAAAUCUCUUAGAAGACAGCUGGACUAUGCAUUUGAUUCGGAGAAGGAUGCAGCCAGCAGUGAAUGAGGCAGCUCAGUUCCUGCAAGUGCUUCUCUAAAUGUGGAGUUUUUUUUUUUUUCUUACCUUAAAAUGAUUAGAGUCGGUAAAUUGUUCACAUUUUUCACAUUCAUUUCAGCACCUUAAGAGUUCUCACAUAUGAGCUAUUGUUGUCAGUUAUGAUUGUAAAUGUAAAAAAUGUAAUUGUCAUUAUGCAAAGCGAAUCUUUUUCUAGAGACA